AUGCUUGUUUCUGCAAUAUCUAUUGAGAAGCUACAAGAAAAUUGUAAAUUGCUGUCCAAAUUUGUUGAUGGCAGGACUAUCGUUCUUAUAAGCGCUGAUUUUGGUUGUGAGCUGGAGAAGAUAGCCAUCGACGCUAUGGGCGGCCGUUGUAGGUGCGUUUUGUCAGUGGCUUGUGACGUUGAGUGCCGGCAAUUAUCUCUCGGCUCUUAUGCUCUGGUCAAUGACGAUAACUGCGAGAUAUACGUUGGGAACUCAUAUUCUGCAGCCAGCUGCGCGAAGGAGUCGAUAUAUUAUAACAAUAUUGAGAAAGUUCAAGAGGAGUUGAAUUUUGGAGAUAACUCGAGUAUCGCUCGCAUGGUUCAUCAAUUGGAAGCGACACAAUGGAUAAGAGUUGAACAGCUCAAGGACACGAGGAAGAUGGCAUUAAAGUUAUGGCAGCUUAUCAUUCCCAAAAUCUCGCUGAACAUCCUUUCUAUCAUUUACGAGCAAUUUGACUACGAAAAGAUGUUGGAGAAUAAAUCGACAGAGAUAAUCUUUAGAGGCUUAGUUCAUGAACUGCUUGAGAUCUGCUCGGCACAAUGCAACUCCAAAGUCGAUGAAUUCUUAAAGAGAAAGAGUGAAAGUGACGAAGUUGAGAUAGACUUUGCUAAGAUAAUUGACCAUUGUAAGAGAAAGCGCAACGAGCUUAUUAGUACCACAGCAAAUGAGUACCCAGAAUAUCUUUUUUUGCCGUUCGAACUAUAUUGCUUCUAUCAUCGCUUCGAAUAUCCUGCUCAGAUACUACUCUAUCAACCGAUAUUACUGGCUGAGGAAUAUAGCGUUUCUUGCUCCAACUUGAAUUUUCUGUACGGUUUUUAUUCCAGGUUGUUGUCAUUGAGUGGCCUGUCAAUUAACGGUGGCAGAUUGGAGCAAGGUAUAUCACAACUAGCCCAACCAGCAGAGGAUACUGCUGGUCAUUCAGCAACCAAAGAAUGCAGAUGCAAGGGUAAGAGUAAUAUGAAGGAUGGUAAAGUGGGUUUUAAGGUAACCACUUCGAAAUCUCAUUACAGUCGCGGUAUCUUUUCCAUAUCAUCGCCAGCGGGUGCAGAUUACACGAUGCCCCCGAUCUCUGGCCAGCAAUUUGACCAGACUUCAAAUGUUGCCACUUCAAGAAGCUGCGACUGCAUUGCGUCGAACGACCACGGCGAGGCAGAGUUCAGUGGCAGUGACUGUGGCUGUGAAGGGGACUCAUGCAAUGAAGGGAGAAAACUACACUGUCACUGCAGAAAUUUCGAUCCUUUGCAAGCUUCCAGAAGGUCUGGAAUUUCUCAUUCCGCAGGUAGUAACGAACCUGAUCACGAUGGCGCAAAGGCAUACAAACAGCUCAAUCGAGCUGCCUCUCAGAGUGCAUUGGAUGACAUGAGUGCUAUUGCACUCCCACAUUUUACUAAAAAGUACUCAACAACUACUCCGACGUCCAGGUCGAAGGCCUUGAUAAAGACUAACAAGUCCAGCUUCGGACAGCCCCAUGGACCACACCCGACUUCAAGUCUAGAAAUGCAACUUCGCUCUGACAGGCGACUAGCAAGCGAGUACCAAGAUCUCUACGGACAACUGCUGCAGACCGACGAUGGUGCGGCAGAUCAGAAGGCAUACAGCGAUAGAGGCAGGCAAUUCGUUCAGCUAGAGAAACAAUUGUGGCACCUACAGAGACGCUACAACAUCAUGAAUGGCACAAUUUCCAACCCGCGGUUGGGGCCCUACAGCGAUCUCUUGAACCACAUGGAAAUCCUCUGCGGGGAGAACAAUAGUGACAUUAUCCGCUUCACCACCAGCAGAUACGGCGACUUGGAUCUAUAUACGUCAAUCGAGAAGGACAAAGAACAAAUACUCACCCUGUUCAAUAGAAACUCCGAUCUCAGCAAGAACAAGUCUAAGAACGAUCGCAGGAUCACCAGCAAAGGAACCCCGAUUGACAACCCCGUGGGGCUUCAACGGUAA